GCCUCCUACUCGCCAGCCAACAGAACGAGCUCGACAGCGCAACAAGUCAACGUCGAAGACGGUCAACAUGGCAGGAGAAUAUGAUCUACUGUUCAAAGUGGUCCUCAUUGGCGAUUCGGGCGUCGGCAAGUCCAACUUGCUCAGCAGAUUCACUCGCAACGAGUUCAAUCUCGAAUCAAAGUCGACGAUCGGCGUAGAAUUUGCUACGAGGAGUAUCUCUGUCGACACAAAGACGAUCAAAGCACAGAUCUGGGAUACAGCCGGUCAAGAGCGAUACCGCGCCAUCACCUCCGCAUACUAUCGAGGUGCCGUCGGCGCGCUGCUGGUCUACGACAUCGCAAAACACCCAACCUAUGUCAACGUACAGCGAUGGCUCAAAGAACUCAAGGACCACGCCGAUUCCAACAUCGUCAUCAUGCUCGUGGGCAACAAGUCAGAUCUCCGUCACUUGCGAGCAGUCCCAACAGAGGAAGCCAAGCAAUUCGCAACGGACGAGGGCCUCAGCUUCAUCGAGACUUCUGCACUAGACGCAAGCAAUGUCGAGAAUGCCUUCCAGACUAUCCUCACUGAUAUCUACCGGAUCGUAUCCAACAAAGCGUUAGAGGCUUCGCACGAUGUGAUCAAGCCCUCCGGCGAAGGCGCAUCCGUCAAUCUCACGCCCACGGCCGAGACGGGCAAGAAAUCCUCCGGAUGCUGCUAAAGCAUUCGCCUAAGCAUUCCGGUCUGCUUACGUCCAUGUCCGC